UGGUCUGAUACUACCGCCAGUGUUAGGGGCCUCAGUGCUCGCUCAGUUCGAUCUAAGUCGAAACCUCUAUCUGCCGAGUCUCGUCGCCGCAGCAAUGCUACUCGUGCCCGGCGUGCCGUGGAAGACGGCCAGUAUAGGAAGGCUAUUCAGUCCCUCACAUCCAUGGGGCUCGCCCUCGCAUCGUCCGAUGUUUUUAACGAAAUGCUGGAAAAACAUCCCAGUGUCGACCCUCCCACCAUUCCUGAGACCCCUCCCCCUAAUCCUAUCGUAGUGUCUGUGGAGCAGCUGGUAGGUGCUCUUAGAUCUUUUCCUGCCGGAUCUGCCCCAGGCCCUUCCGGCCUCCGCGCCAAUCACCUCAAGGAAGCUGUGUUUUGUCCCUCCCCUAAUCGUGCCAACCACACUCUCCUGUGCCUCUCUAGGGUGGUUAACCUUUUAUGUGCCGGCAAGCUUCCCCAUGCUGUCAUCCCUCAUCUAUGUGGCGCCUCCCUGCUGCCUUGUCUGAAAAAGGGGGGUGGUCUACGGCCGAUAGCGGUCGGUGAGGUUCUCCGCAGACUUACCUCCAAGUGUGCUGCCAGGGCUGUCCUCCCGGAUGCUCUGCAAAUUCUUUCGCCCCUGCAAGUGGGUGUUGGCCUCCCGGCUGGCUGUGAAGCCAUCCUCCACUCAGUCAUGAACAUCCACGAAAGCCCCAGCAUCCCAGCCGAUCACCGUUUCACUCUCCUCGUGGACUUUUCAAAUGCCUUCAAUUCAGUGGACCGGACCGCAUUGUUCCAUGAAGUGAGGACCCGAAUCCCCACCAUUUCGUCCUGGAUGGAAUGCUCAUAUGGCUUUCAGCCCAACCUCCUCCUGGAAAACCAAACCAUCCCCAGUUGCUGUGGUGUUCAACAGGGUGAUCCCCUCGGUCCUCUGGGGUUCGCCCUUGUCCUCCACCCUAUCGUUGAGAAGAUUAGAGAGUCCGUCCCUGGCCUCCUUAUUAACGUUUGGUACCUCGAUGAUGGUACCCUUUGUGGCACCCAACAGGAUCUCGCUGCGGCUCUCGCCAUCAUCGAAGCUGAAGGUCCUCCACGGGGACUAUUCCUGAAUCGGGGCAAAUCGUUCAUCCAUGCUCCGGAUAACUCCUCCAUCACCCAUCCCAUUCUCCGCGGCAUCCCCACCUCGUCAGAUGGCUUUACUCUGCUGGGAUCCCCAGUUGGUCCAACCAGUUUCUGUGAGGACAUCUUCUCCAAGAGGGUGAGCAAACUCGUUGAUACCCUCUCUAAACUCGCAGACCUCGAGGACUCUCAGAUGGAGACCGCCCUACUCCGUUCCUGUCUGGCUCUACCCAAGGUUGCCUAUGUUCUUCGCACCUGUCCCCCCCGCCCUCAUUCAAGAGGCUCUAGGGUCUUUCGACCGCAUUAUGCGUGAUGCCCUCUCUGAUCUCGCUGGGGGCCCUCUACCCGAUUGGUCCUGGGCCAAAGCCUCUCUCCCUUCGUCCCUAGGGGGGCUGAAUGUUCGUCAGGCCUCCUUACAUGCCCCUGCUGCCUAUAUUGCUUCCUUCCUUCAAAGCAGACCCCUAAUUUCAAGGAUCCUGGGGCACGCCGCCAACCCCCCUGUCCACCUCCCUGACACCAUUAGGUCUCUGGCCCUGGCUUCAGCUAGACCUGAUUGGGUGUCCAUCCAGGAUAUCGAUGUUCCCCACAGUCAACACAGCCUCUGUCGUGCUAUAGAUGAGGCAUCCUUUGACACCCUGUUGGUCUCAGCUCCAAACAUUCGCUCCAAAGCCCUGGCCCUUUCGUCCGCCAUUCGUCAUGCCGGCGACUGGCUGAACGUCAUCCCGUCCUCUGCCCUGGGCCUCCACCUUCCAGACCGGGAAUUCCGAUUCUGCUUGCAGUACUGGCUGGGCCUCCACAUGUUCGAGGAGGGUAUUAGGUGUCCUGUUUGUCAUGUCCCGGCUGACUCCUUUGGGGACCAUCAAGUGGGUUGCGGAGGAAACUGCGACAGAAUCCUCCGACAUAACUCCCUUCGGGAUGCAGUUUUUUCAGCAGCUCAGUCAGCUGCCUUGGCGCCCCGAAGGGAAGUCCCCUCUCUGGUCCCCGGCACCCGCAGCCGGCCCGCUGACAUCUAUCUCCCCUGCUGGAAAAGAGGCCGCCCUGCCGCCCUGGACAUCACCGUCAUCUCUACACUACAGCAAUCAACCGUUCGGGGUGCUGCAGAAAAUCAGGGCCAUGCCCUUUUAGUUGCUGAGGAGAGAAAGUUUGCUUCUCACGGUGCAGCCUGCCAGGCCGUUGGCAUCAGUUUCAUCCCUCUCGCCAUAGAGUCCCUAGGUGGCGUGAGUGAUAUGUCUGCUGACACCAUCUCCAGCCUGGGCCGUCUUUUGGGUCAGCGUUUGGGGAUCUCUCCGGUCGAAUCUACUCGUCAUCUUUACCAAAGACUCGCAAUAUCUCUCUGGAGGGGAAAUGCUUCUGCCUGGAUUCACCGCAGUCCACAACUUGCCCCCUCACUGGAUGGUGUUAUUUGACUCUGUGUUGUUUUGCGUUGUUUUGUUGUUCUUUUGUGUUUUUUGUUUUGGUUUUUUUUUGUUUCUUGUUGUUGAUAUGGAAUUCUCGCUUGCGUCCGUGUUCCAUACCGAACACGGAACCUGACUCGUCCUCCACAUGAGUAAGUAUAAAUAGGACCUGAACGGACACAGUGCGCGAAGCGAGCGAGCGUGUACUGGAUCGAGUAGCAGACCCUCUAGCAGACCAACGGGAUUGUCGCCAUCAUGAACAUACAGGAGAAGAACAAUGCCGUGGAGGAAGAGGGUCCACAAAUACCCGAAGAGAUGGUCCUAGCUCCUCCAGCGCGGAGCUCAACAGCCGACUUGGAGACAGUGAAAGAAGAGAGUCCGCAUGGCCAAGAAGUGAAGACUGGACCAACAUCAUCUCUGUCUGCCCCACCUCGAGCUGUUUCAGCAGCAGAACAAGCUGUUAGUGAGAGGGACGAAGCAACUAAAGAAGGUCCACUCGGGUCUCAAGAGAUGCUGACCGGUGUACCAUCACCAACAGAUGAAGCCCAGUUCGCAGCCCCAGCUACCGACGACGGCAACGAGAGGCAGAAGGAGAAGGAGGAGCAGCAGGGACCGUGGCAGAUGCCCAUACAAGAGACAGGGCCCCACUUGCCUCAAGAGCUUGCUCAGUGACACAGAACUCUUUUUAACCGUACUAACAUGUUUGAUGCUGUACUUUUAUGGCAACCAUGCUGACUUGUUUUAUAAUGUAUAAUGUACCCACAUGUUUGUAUUUGUAAUGCCUACCCAUGAUGGCUUGCCUGCAACUUCUUACUCACAUGUUGUUUAUUUGUAUACCAACCCAUGAAGACUUGUCCUAUCUAAGCAAGUUGGGAGUUCAUAAUAAUUUUAGUAGAGCAACGAAUUGACCUCAUUGGUUCACACCCACUGCUCAUGCAUGGUGAAAAAAUGAGUAUAUACACACUAACAAAAAGAUGUUACGGAGUUCAGUCACUCCACUCGUCAC